AUGAAAUGGAACUUCGGUGCCUGGUUCACUACCGUGGGCCUUCUCCUAGGCUCAUUGGUCUCGGCGACUCCUACCAGACAGGGCGGAGUAGUAUACGAGUUGGGGAAUAUCACCUACUUCGCCAACGCCAAAUACCCUAAAACUGUUCUGAAAGCAUCCCAUCCCGACGGAGACAAGGUUAGCCUGGUCCCGAUCACAGUCAUCGUUGCCAACCAAAGCACCGUUUCAGAUGAGUACCUGCAGACGACCAUCAACGACUACCUCGCGGGAGAUGAUGUCUUCUCUGGGGACUUCCUGGGCUCUCUCUACCUGUCUUCAACAAUCAAGAACACCAAGCUCGACCAGUCGGCCCUGAAGUAUAUUCGCAGCCUCAAUGUGGACCAAUUCUACCUAGACUCCAACGUCUUCCACACAGAGAUAGCCGCGAUCAUGCUGCAAGGUGUCUCCGAGAACGAACUUCCAUCCGGACCUUACACUGCUACAAGAGUCGGAAAGUCUGUUCGUUUUCUCGAGACCUACCGCCUAUAUCGCGACGAAUACCGUGACUUCAUCGCUGGUGCCUACCCGUCCAACGACGGCACCGGCUCCUUCACGGCGUUGAACGUGAUGGAUGCGCAGUGGUGGGAUCCCAUGAUUCCCGUCCCCAGCCGCAUUCACUUCUGGCGCGACUCGCGACCCCUGGCCGGAACCAGAGUUGCCAUCAAAGAUCUCUACGACAUGAAGGGCCUCCAGACCUCUGGAGGAAGUCAAGCUUGGAUCCGCGUUACCCCUGUCGCUAAUGCAACCGCUCCUGCCAUUCAACGCCUCAUCGAUGUUGGAGCCGUACUGGUCGGGAAAUUCAAGUUGGCCCAGUUUGCCUCUGGCGCCAAUCCGUGGGACUGGAUUGAUGAGCACUACCCUUUCAAUCCUCGCGGUGACGGCUAUUUGACCUGCUCAGCGUCGUCUUCCGGAGGCGGCUGCUCAAUUGCGGCGUACGACUGGCUUGAUAAUGCCAUUGGGUCCGAUACUGGAUCCUCUAUGCGUCGCCCUGCUGCGGUGUCCGGCACUUUCGGCAACCGGCCGAGCCAGGGGAUGAUCUCGCUUGAGGGAGCUAUUCCUCUGAGCUGGUCACAGGAUACCGCGGGGGUUUUCUCACGAGACCCCUACCAGUGGGCUCGAUUUGCGAAGAUCUGGUAUGGUGAUACCAGCUUGCAUCAGGAUACGUCAAUCACUGGUCUUCCACCUCUGGAUGUUAAGGUGGACUCAGGUUUUCCAAAGCGCAUUCUCUACCCCCAAGAGUAUCUGCCACUCGCCAACCCCGCAGCCCAAGUGAUUCUAGAGAACCUACUUGCCAACAUGACCCAGAUGUUCAACAUGACCAUUGACAAGUUCAACUUUACGGCCACCGUCUCCAACGCGAGCAUGUUCUCGGCGGAGACGGCCGCAAAUAGAACAAACUGGGAUGUUAUGGGUAACUCGACUACUGACCUCUCCAACUGGACCCAACAUAUCGAUGUUGUUACUCCGCUUUUGACGGCCUGGGCAGCCCUCUUCGACGGCCGAUUCCCCCCUGUUGACCCGGUGUGGCGCACCAUCUGGACGAGCUACGCCCGCAACCCCAUAAACCAGUCUGAUUUCGACAACGCUCUGCGAGUGAAGGCUGCAGCAGUGAGCUGGUUCGAAGAGAACUUGCUCUUUGAAACGCCCGAAUCAUGCUCAGAGUCCAUGAUGAUUUGUGAUAUCGGAACUGAGGGCCUGCCUAGUUUCCGCGAGCAGGACCUGAAUCAGAACGCUAAUGCAAGCUUCUUGGCUGUGGUACCUUCGGGAGCUGCCAUCUCCUGUGCAAAUAUCUGCCCCUCCUUUGCGUGCGCCGACUACACCAUUCCUCUGGGCCAAGUCCCGUAUGAAUCGCCUGUCACAAUGGUGACGGAACAAUACCCCGUCAGCAUCAACAUGAUGGUUCGUCGUGGCUGUGAUUAUAUGCUCUUUGAUUUGGUUGAGAAGCUUGCCGAUGCAGGCCUCGUCAGGUCUGUUAAGACAGGUCGUACCCCAUUUUAAAUCCAAGUUG